AUACAGAAGUACAUACAUAAGUGCAAAAUCAAACAACUCCCGCUUACUUCUGAGAACGAGUUACAAAAUGCAGAACACCCAAACGUCCUGCGCGUGGUAUCUGCCAUGGUCUCUGGCCGCGCAGCAGCAUCAGCAGAAAAUAAUGCAAAUACAGGCGCCUUUUUUGGAUAAAAUGGGAGCUUCGACGGUGGGAGGUAUUUUCGCAACUCAGCCUCAAGUCCAGCAACAGCUCUCGCCAAAUACAGCAGCUGCUCCUCCGUCGAACUAUCAGCAGCCGACUUUGCAUCCCAGUGCAGCCGCCGGAACCCACUUCCCAAUGAGUUCCGCAUAUAAUUUUGGGCCAACAUUACUGAGUGCAACUCAGGUGGCGAGCUACCCAGGACAGCUAAAUCCGUGUCCCCAGUCACACCCCCACAGCCACACACAAACUCAUUUGAUGCCAUCUUCCAUGUUCUCGUCCUUGCCUGUGGGUGCAUACUACGCACCAGCACCAGGUGUCUCCGUGGCCCCACAAGAAUCACUCCUGGCAACAGCUGGACAAGGAUUGACCCAUCAGACAUCGUCUCUGUCCAUGCCAGUACAGGCAGCCCCGCGAGCAUCCUCGUCGGCAUGCGCGAUCGUUCAGUCCCUAAAUUGUCUGCCACCAGAUUUUCAUCACCUGUCGUCUAUUAACCUCAACAUGAGCAGCGUAAUUGGACUGAGGAACCAAGGAUCUGCUCUUUCAUCCAUCAAAGUUGUACCAAAUGUUGAAAUGUUGAUUAACAAAAAGAUUACAUCAACCAGGGAGGUCGAAAACGAGAAAGUCAAAAUACCAGAAAAAAGGAAAACCGAUAAUAGCGAUACAAUUAAGGAUUUAAAAAAAGCCAAACUUGAAACGAAGGCUCUGAAGGCCAAAAGACCCGGAUUUACGGACGAGCGAUAUCAAGAAACGUCUUACUAUAUUGAAAAUGGUCUUAGAAAGGUCUACCCGUACUACUUCACCUUCACAACUUUCACAAAAGGACGAUGGGUGGGAGAAAAGAUUCUGGAUAUAUUUUCACGGGAGUUUCGCGCACACCCUUCUGAAGAGUACGAACGUUGUAUCCAAGCAGGCACAUUGACAGUUAACUUCGAGAAAGUCCCUAUUGACUAUCGAUUAAAACACAACGAUCUUCUCGCUAAUAUAGUUCACAGACACGAAGUUCCUGUGACAUGUCAACCAAUUAAAAUUGUGCAUAUGAAUGAGGACCUUGUAGUUGUAAAUAAGCCUGCAUCAAUACCUGUCCACCCUUGUGGCCGCUAUAGGCACAAUACUGUGGUUUUCAUACUCGCUAAGGAAUUUAACCUCAAGAAUCUGCGCACAAUUCAUCGGCUUGACCGGUUGACAUCUGGCCUAUUACUGUUCGGACGGAGCCCAAAGAAGGCAAGACAAAUGGAGCAGCAAAUUCGCAAUAGACAAGUGGAAAAAGAGUAUAUAUGUAGAGUGGAGGGAAUUUUUCCAGACGAAAUCGUGGAAUGUAAGGAGCCCAUUGAGGUAGUAAGUUACAAAAUUGGCGUGUGUAAAGUAUCGCAACGAGGGAAAGAUUGUACCACCACUUUCCAAAAGAUUUCACAAAACGGAAAAACUAGCGUUGUACUGUGUAAACCACUUACUGGAAGGAUGCAUCAGAUCCGUGUACAUUUGCAAUAUCUAGGCUAUCCAAUUCUUAACGAUCCUCUAUACAAUCAUGAAGUCUUCGGCCCUUUAAAAGGGCGUUUCGGGGAUAUCGGUGGAAAGUCAGACGAUGAGCUUAUAAGAGAUCUCAUUAACAUCCACAAUGCGGAGAACUGGUUGGGAAUAGAUUAUGAUUCCGAUAUAUCUAUAUUUAAGAGUUCUAAGGACGAAACAGAUGGGGAGAGCCUGAGCAGCGACCAAACUUUCGUUGUUCAGCAUAGCGACGAUGACGUGGGCCUAAAUUCACGCGAAACUACUCCGCCUUGCAUAGAACCUUCCCGAGCUGAAGUGGGCGCUAAAAAAUUAGAACCUCCCAACUUUCCAAAGGAAUUUUCAUGCACUGAUCCGAAGGAUCCUACCGAAAUUUCGUCAGUACUGCAGGCACCCGAUACUAUCCUCGCUGUCGAUGGUAGCAAUGUAGAUGUUGGGAUUAAGCUAAAUAAAAUCACAACAGAUCCGCAUUGUUAUGAGUGCAAAGUGCACUACCGUGAUCCAAAGUCUAAGGACCUUAUCAUGUAUCUGCAUGCCUGGAAAUACAAGGGUCCUGGAUGGGAGUAUGAAACUGAAUUUCCUGUUUGGGCUCGCACAAAUUGGGAGAACUCAGAGUGUACUUAAGCAGCAAUAAUUAAUUUCAUAUCUGUUCAAAUAACCUUGUAGAGUUUUGACAUAAUGUUGGCAAAGCACAGAAGAAAGUAUCUUUAAUCACACCUAGUACAUGACAUCUGAUAGGGAUGGCAACAUGUGUCCGUCUGUCAGCUUCUAGCUUCUAUCAGUUAAAGUUAUCUAGCUGAAACUUUUCACACACAUCCCCAUACAGUUAGUACCGCCGUCAAGAACCGUCUAGAUACAAUAGACAAAUCGAAAAAUAUGUUUUUGUGGGAGGAAAUUUCCUCUGUUUAUGAAUAUAUAUUAUCAUGUAUUUUUAUAGCCGAGUCAAAUUGCCUAAAUAUCAGAUGAAUGUAUUAGCUGAUAUUGCAAAGAUAUAUCUGCAAAGGUAUUAAAUGCUUCGGUCCCCGAAGUUAGCCUUCCUUUGAUUUUUUAAGUUUAUAUACAUAUGUACGUACAUUGUACAUAAUAAUUUACGGUAAUCUUAGAGAUACAUAAAUAUACAUAUGCAAAUGUAUUUGA